AUGCCCGGCCAUACAAAUUGCGAUCUGAUGCCCGACCUUUCGAAGGAUACAGAUAGUAUUCUCUUAAAAGGUGGUUUAGUUGUUAAUCAUGACACUUGCAGCAAAGCUGAUGUUUUGAUUGAAGGUGGAAUAAUAAAAGAUGUUGGACCUGAUCUAAUCGCACCUGAAAACGCACGUAUAAUAGACGUUACAGACAAAUUCAUCAUACCAGGCGGCGUCGAUUUGGACUGCCAUCUGGGUGAGGCCUCCAUUGAUGAUCCGUUGGCAGAUACGUUUGAAACUGGAUCGAAAUUUGCAGUCCUUGGUGGAACAACUACUUUGGUUAACACAGUGAAUGUUCCUAGCACUGCAACGUUACGUGAUUCAUUCGACCACUUUGUCAAGUGUUCCACCGGUCGAAUGUUUUGUGAUUACGCAGUCUGUGUUCGCGUCCCACGAUUCAACGAAGAAACUGGGGUUGAUAUGGAAUACUUGGUCAAAGAAAAAGGAGUAUGCCUGUAUUCUUUAGUUUUAGGCGCUUCCGGCAAAGUUCCGGAUGGUGAAGCGUUGAACGAGGAGGAUUUCGACAGGGUUUUAAAGCAAUGCCGCACUCUGGGUGCACUUCCUGUGGUACCCGCAUUAACUUCACCUCAAUUGGCUGAUGACAUUUCAACUGAACUUAUCAAAGAAUGUCCCAAUUUGGGACCGGAGUUACAUCAGUUUUCGCAACCGGAAAGAGCAGAGGCCGACACGAUACGCAAGGCUGCUUUGCAUGCAUUUGAAUCCGAACGCGUAUGUCCCAUAUUGAUUUCGCGGAUACAGAGUGACCUAGCCCUCCGAUGCUUUUACGAACAACGCCGCUAUUGUCGCAGUUUGCUUUUCGGACAAACCACGAUAGCUGCGAUUGGAGCCCCUCUAUCAGCUGCGAAUAACUAUUCCGGAGAUCAACCGGUGGUGGAUCUCGUCACCUCAAAGGACUGGGCUACAGCUGCAGGGUGUGUUUGUGACCCACCUAUCAGACCCGAUGUUAAUUUAAGUGAAAAACUUAUUGUCCACUUAAAUUCAAGUGAUGCCUUGAUUGUGGGUUCCGGACACCGCGCUGUGAGUCUUGAGGUAAAAGCAAGUUUCGGUUUAAAACGAAGCUCAAAAAUCCCCAAAUCAAUAGCUGCACUGGGCUGUCGACUUGUGGCACUUUGGGAUUGUGCUGUGGAGAACAACGGUGGUAUUGAUCAGUGUUCGUUCGUCCGAGCAGUGAGCACAGAUCCUGCACGUUUAGCCAAUCUCUACCCCCAGAAGGGUCGUAUUCAACCCGGGAGUGAUGCUGAUAUUGUGGUUUGGAGCAAACCGGAUCUUGCGGACAACGGUUGCUGGGAUAAGUUAAUGCCUGCAGGAGUUUACAAUGUGUUUUCCGGAUUAUCACCACGAUCACGACCAGAGAUAGUGUUCCUUCGUGGCUGCAUAGUGGUUAUGAAUGGAAAACUUGUGGAAGAUAGUGCUCACGGACAGUUUGUAGCCGUAAAACCGUUUGGACAGAUGGCGUUCAGUCGAGUCGCCGCCGUUGAUCAAUCGCAUCAUUCUCAAAUGGAAAAAAUUAUUCGUGAACCAUAUACCGGACCGGUGUUUGGAGGAACUGCGAAUGGAGUACGCGAAGAAACCCGAGAGCACCACUACUUCCGCAAAGAAUAUUACGAUAACAUGCCUAAAGUCGGUGAGACAGUUUAUCCUACUUCAAACGGAUUCCUUUCAAAUAAUUUAUCAUUCCAUUCUCUUAGUGGCACUCCCACCGGGACAAAGGCAAAUCCACACAUCGGUCAAAACCGCACAACCGCCGGGCGGAUCUUCGAAUGCAUUUUGGUCCAACAAUUAAGAUCUCCAUUGUGA